AUGCCCUCCCAGCCGGCUUCACCACCGCUCCUCGCGCCAUAUCUAUCCUCUCUCCCUCAAUCAUCCUUGACCCUGGUUUCUUCCAUCCUUGGCGCAACAAGCAACUGGCUAGUCCUCAGAUUUCUUCAUGCGGCAUUAAGCAGCUCAUCAAAUCAGAAUGCCGCAUCUGAGCUAGAGACUGUCCAGAAUGGCGCGAAGCGGAAAGUGGUGUUUGUGAGCUUCAUGCGGAGUUUCGAAUUUUGGAAGUCAGAGGCGAAGCGAUUGGGCCUGGACCUUGCACGCUUGGCAGACAAGCAGCAAUUCGCCUUCGUCGAUGGCCUCUCAGAGCUAUUCUAUAGACCACAAGUCUCUUCCACCCCCGCUUCUGCUGCCUCCCCCGCUGGCCGGGGGAGCAGCACUCCUCGAACAACUUUGCCACUGCGAUCUCAACCCGGACCUUUGCCAGGGAGAUCACCACAGUCACCAGCGACAGCACCAGGCGGUGGUGGCAUUGCGCCGCGAAGCCAGACAGAGCUGGGCGUGGCGAAGAAGCUACAUUUUUCCGGCCGCGGCACGGCAGCCCUCGAUGCGCUGGAAAGCGACAUCGUCUCUGUGAUGCAGCAACUUAAGACUUCCACAGAAGAUGGCGAUGAACUGCUUCUCAUCGUCGACCAGCCGGACUUACUACUUGCCACCACAGGACCGACUCUGGGAAUCGGAGCGACGGAGAUGGCGGAGUGGGUGACUGGAUUACAGCAGCAUGCACACGCUACGGUCUUGACUAUGGCAGCGGACUCGCCGCUGAUACAUAAUGUUUCCGUGUCGGGGCCUGGAGGCCACCUGCCUGCUCCGAUUGAGACGGAGCAUGCAGGGUUUGCUAUUGGGCUGGCGCAUCGGGCACGCUCCGUUAUGCAACUGCGUACUCUGGAGACUGGGGUUGCGAGGGAUGUUAGUGGGGUGCUGAGGAUAAGUGCGGGCGGUGGAUGGAUUGCGGGCCAGGAUGAUAGUCCGGAGAAGGAGGUGUUGUAUUAUAUCCAGCGGGACGGUGGCGUUAGGGUGUUUGGCCGGGGCGAGUCUUAG